AUGUGCCAAUUAAGAGGAAUUCGUCCCACCCUGGCUGUUACGGAUUCGCCAAACAUUUCGAAGUCGGUUAGUGCUCCUUCUCCCUCGCUAGAAGAUGGGAAGUAUGUGGGAUAUGUUCAAGCCAGCUUUGUUAAUGGUUUUGGUGCAAAUGCCUAUCGCCUUGCCUUUGCUGCCAUUACCACUAUUCCUCUUGCUCUUAUUUUUGAAAGGAAGAGGCCGCAGAUGACUUGGAGGGUGUUUUACCUUUCACUUCUAAGUGGAUUAUUUGCUGGAGCAUUAUUUCAAAACCUUUUCUAUAGAGCUCUGGUUUUGUCAUCAGCAACUCUUGUUUCAGCUAUCUACAACCUUAUUCCUACCAUCACCUUUGUAUUAGCCGUAUCCUUCGGUUUAGAGAAAUUAAAUUGGGCAGCACCUGCAGGAAAGGCAAAGGUUGCAGGAACUAUAGUUGGACUUGUAGGGGCUUUGGUUUUAACAUUUUACAAAGGAGUCGAAUUUGAUAUUUGGCCGUUUAAAAUCAAUCUUUUGGAUCCAAAAGACAGAGAAAUAGGACAUGUCACUGAUAGUAGCACUGAAUUGUUAGGUGUUCUAUGUGCUGUAGUUAGUUGCGUUUGUUUCUCAAUCUGGCUCAUCAUUCAGGCUAAGAUCAGUUUUAUAGUUGAGAGGGAUUUGAAUCAAUGGAAGCUUGGUUGGGAUAUCAGGCUUCUCACUGUCGCAUUUUCGGGAAUUGGAGCUUCAGGACUAAUGAUUCUUGCCAUGGCAUGGGUUGUACAAGCGAAAGGCCCUCUAUAUGCAUCGGCUUUCAACCCUCUAUUGCUUUUUAUUGUGGCCAUUGUUGCAUCUAUGGUUUUAGAUGAGAAGUUAAACUUAGGAAGUUUACUUGGAGGAGUGUUGAUUGUGUGUGGCUUAUACACGGUACUAUGGGGUAAAGGAAGAGAAACACAAAAGAAAAAUAUUGCACAAGCACCCUCACCCUCACAAAUCAUUGGUGAUCUCGAAUCUACGACACCAUUGUUGAGUUUAUGA